AGCGGAUGUUUAUAUUUAUUUCGCGUGAAUAGUGAAGAAUGUGCGAGCAAUGACAGCAGAAGUGAGACAUGGACCGACAACAGCAGCACUCCGACACACGAUCAAAUUAUGUGUCAUGCAUGCAGCUCGGCCUAUAGCCUGUGCUGAGUAGAACCCGACCCCACUCGCGCUACAGUGCAGGGGGUGUGCUUCCUGACUCAAACCCGACCCUGCUGCUCCAUGUUUCCUAUGCUAACCCUUCUAAGCAUGUUUUACUAUAUCUGUCUACGGCGGCGCUCCAGGAGCGGGACGCGGAGUCAGGCAUUGGGCAGCCGGCGGGCGGUGGAGCUGGGCCAGCGUUCUGUGCUGCCCAUCACUGUCGAGGUGGAGCAGUACGGCAAGGAGGUCCUGGACUUUAGCUCUCACUACGGCAGCGAGAACAGUAUGUCCUACACUAUGUGGAACCUGGCGGGAGUGCCUAACGUCUAUCCCAGCUCAGGAGACUUUACUCAGACGGCUGUGUUUCGGACUUAUGGAAGUUGGUGGAGGCAGUGUGCCAGCGCCUCGCCCCCAUUCCGCCGCACACCACCCAAUUUUCACAGCCAGGACUUCCUGGAGCUGGCCUUCGAGGAGCGUGUGUAUCCCACAGCUGUGGAGGUGCUGGAGACGUACCACCCUGGAGCCAUUGUCAAGAUCCUAGCAUGCUCUCUUAACCCAUUCUCCCAGAAUCCACCAACUGAUGUUAGGUGGGAGGUCUUGUGGGCCGGCAAGCCCACCAAAGCUCCGAGCCCUCAAGCUCGCCAGUUCUCCCCCAGCAUCAGACAGAUCAGCUUUCCCACCAACCUGUUGCGUCUGGAGGUGAACAGCUCUCUGCUGGAAUACUACACUGAGCUGGAUGCCGUGAUCCUGCGGGGUGUUCGGGAGAGGCCCAUUCUAGCCCUUUAUAAGAUCCCUGUCAUUGACAUCAGUGAUCUGAGUGACAGCGAAGAGGAGAUCAAUGACGUUGGAGGUCUCUGCUGCAUGUCGGGGGGAGAAAAUCGGCACAACUUGGGAAACGGCUACUUUGAUAGGCUUCCUUAUGAGCUGAUCCAGCUGAUCGUGAGUCACCUGGCGGUUCCGGACUUGUGCCGGUUGGCUCAGAGCUGCAAGCUCUUUCACAAGCACUGCUGUGACCCGCUGCAGUACAUCCAGCUCAGCCUGCAGCCGUACUGGGCCCGACUCACUGAUGCCUCCCUGUGCCACCUGCAGAGCCGCUGCACCCUCCUGCAGAGGCUAAACAUGUCCUGGACGGGCAACCGGGGAGCUGUGACGGCCGCUGGCUUCUGCAGUUUUAUGAAGGCCUGUGGGCUCAGUCUGGUGUGUUUGGAGUUGUCAUGCUGUCAUUUCCUGACUGAAGCGUGUUUAGAGGUGAUCGCCCAGAUGUGUCCGAACCUGCAGGAGCUGAAUUUGGCUUCCUGUGACCGUCUGCAUCCUCAGGCCUUCAAUCACAUUGCCAAACUCACUAAUCUACGCCGGCUCGUACUUCAUCGCACCAAAGUUGAGCAAUCUGCCAUGUUGAGCAUCCUCACAUUCUGCACAGAGCUCAGGCACCUUAACCUCGGAAGUUGUGUCAUGAUCGAGGACUAUGACGUUGUGGCGAGCAUGAUCAGUUCACGCUGCCGUUCCCUGCAAUCCCUUGACCUGUGGCGCAGCAAGAACCUGAGCGAGCGCGGGCUGGCCGAGCUGGUUACGGGCUGCAGGCUGCUGGAGGAGCUGGACCUGGGAUGGUGCUCCACGCUUCAGAGCAGCUCCGGCUGCUUCCAGCAUUUGGCUCGCAGCUUGCCACGCCUACGCAAACUCUUCCUCACCGCCAACCGCACCGUGUGCGACUCUGAUCUGGAAGAGCUGGCUGCUAACUGCAAUGCGCUGGAGCAUCUCGAUAUACUCGGCACACGGAUGGUGAACUCUGCAUCUCUGCGCAAAUUGUUGCAGUCGUGUCCUCAGCUGAAGCUGCUGGACGUGUCCUUCUGCUCUCAGAUCGACUCUCGCCUCGUCCAGGAGCUCAGUGGCCUUUUCCCCAUUGUGUCCAUUAAGAAGAGUUUCACACAGUAAGCAGGAGCAGUUUCUAAAGGUUCAUCUGGUUUUCUUUGACCCUGGUGAGCGGAUGGCCGGGGGAGAUUCUGGUGCUGUGAACUUGCACAAUACUGUCUUGAACUACACUGAUCUGUGAACUGCCACAUGGAGGAAUUUUUUCGAAGAUGUUAUGUUUCACUUUGAAUGGACUCACUAUGUAUUGAAUCACACAUUUCAUCAGACCUCAGUUUUUGAUCUUGAUCUCAGGGUUUUAUUUUUGAGAGACAUUUGUAACACGCUGUACAACUGCCGAGUGGUUUUGUUUUAAACGUACUUAUUGAAAUGUUAAAAAAGAACACUGAGCACAGAUUGUUUUUAUUUCUAUUGUUAAGUGGUGUCUAAUUGAUGUUGAAUAUCGUGAAAUUAUGUAACAGUAAUGGGGUUUAAUUUAAUUAUUUAUUAUUAUAAAUUCAGGGCCACAAUGACUUGAAUCACAUAAAUAUUUUGUGGCAAUACUUUGUGCAAAGCCCAUAUCAUGAGUCAGACCUGUUAUGCACACGUAUGUUGACAACAGAGCGAGAAGCUUUUCUCUAAAUUUCAGAACUUGACAUUUCAUUUAACGCAGGCGCAUGCUAGAUAACAUAUUAUUGUGCCUUAGGAGAAAAGUGCUUUGUAUGUUUGCUGGUUGUCUGUAUUGUACUAUGCUAAAUUGUGAUUUGCCAAAAUCACCCUAAACCAAAGGGUUUUUAUUUUAAAGCAAAAAAAUUUUCUGUAGGUGUAAAAUUAUUUAAAGUCAAAACCAGGGAAAAAUAUUUGUUAAGUACUUUUGGUAUAAUUAAUUUUUUUUAAUAUGACUUUUUUAAUUUGCUUUGUGUUAUUAUUUACCAUAAUUAUAUUAAAACACACCCUGUAAACAAACUCAGUAAAGCAGAAACAACCUCAAAGAGUAGGCUAUAUUUAUGUUUAUUUGUUGCUAUACUGAGUUACUACCUUAAUGAUAAUUUCUAUAUGGUAUUAAAUUUGUGCCAUUUAAAUCCAGACGGCUUUUAGCAUUGUUUCAGAUCUGAGAAUGACUGGUGAGGGGUCUUGGUUCAAUAAAGUGAGGCUAAAUACAAUUCUGCGGUUAUUGUUACUGUUUUCUCUUAAGUUAGCAAGAAAAAAAUAGUACUUGGUUAGUAAACCUCUUCAUCCCACAAGGGUAGUCUCCACCCGAGUAAAAUAGUUUUUUUCUGGCAUUAAUCCCUCAGAGUUUAACAGCAUAUUAAUAUUGCAUCUGGUAGUGACAGUCUCAUUGGACUAACCGUGAUGUAAUGAAUUGUUUAUGUCUAUUUUAAUGAUGGCCGGAGGAGCUCUAAUGUGCCCUGAGGACCUGGAGGAUGCAGUUAAUUAGAUGAAACGAUUUCUUGAUUUCUGUACUACUAUUGAUAGCCGCUUCACACAGACAACUGUCAUUACAUCCUGUAAAUACAUUGAAUGUACAACCCAUAAUAGCACUGCUUUUGAAACCUGUAAUUUAGACCUGGCAGCGAUCUCCUGCUACAGUGGUACAACCAUCUCACACAUGCAUAACCACCUCAAAAAGCAUUAUUUUAAUAUGAAUGUAUGAGGCCAAAAUGAAGUGUUUUUCAUUUUUGGUGGUAUUGAAAGCUUGAGCUCCUGAGCCUGAACAGGUUAUUUAGGAUACGUUUUUAAGCUGCUUUGGCUUUUAGUUUUACUUCCCAGAUUUUCUCAGUUCAGGACCACAAUUUUAAACCAUUAUUACCAUGAACACCUUUGCACAUUUUUAAGUGUUUUGUUGAUUGGAUGAUUUAUGUUAACAAUGUUUGGAUGUCCUACCUAAAGCUUUAUUCCU